AUGAUGGAAAGAAUAAGAAAAGAGAUGAUUCUGAUGGAGAGAGGGCUGCACAGCCCCACGGCCGGCAAGCGGUUCUCCAAUUUGUCCGAUUCGGCUGGCAAUGCUGUGCUCGAGGCCCUGGAAAAUUCGCAGCACCCGGCUCGCCUCAGCCCGCGCCUGCCGUCCGCCCCCCUGCACAGCGCUCUGGGAGACCUGCCUGCCAAGGGCAAAUUCGAAAUAGACACUUUGUUCAACCUGCAGCACCCGGGCAGCGAAAGCACCGUCUCCUCCGAAAUCGCCUCCGCAGCCGAAGGCCGUAAAAAGCCGGGUCAUUAUUCAGAGGCGGCCGCCGAGGCGGACAUGAGCAGCGACGUGGAGGUGGGCUGCUCGGCGCUGCGCUCCCCUGGCGGCCUUGCCGCCGCGCCGCUCAAGGAAAACAAUGGCAAAGGGUACGCGGAGAGCGGCUCUGCCGCCGGCACCACGACGUCUGCGUCGGGCUCUGGCCUUGGCAGCCUGCAUGGAGGUGGCGGCAGCGGCGGUGGCGGGGGCGCGGCGCUGGGCGGCUCCGGCUCCGGCGCGGAUCAGGUGCGGCGCUACCGCACGGCGUUCACCCGCGAACAGAUCGCGCGCUUGGAGAAGGAGUUCUACAGGGAGAACUAUGUGUCUCGGCCCCGCCGGUGUGAGCUAGCCGCGGCGCUCAACCUGCCGGAAACCACCAUCAAGGUUUGGUUCCAGAACCGGCGCAUGAAGGACAAGCGGCAGCGCCUGGCUAUGUCGUGGCCGCACCCGGCCGACCCCAGCUUCUACACCUACAUGAUGACGCACGCGGCCGCCACCGGAAGUCUGCCCUACCCCUUCCACUCGCACGUGCCGCUGCACUACUACCCGCACGUGGGUGUCACGGCUGCAGCCGCGGCGGCCGCGGCCUCCGGCGCAGCGGCCGCGGCCUCGUCGCCCUUCGCCACGUCCAUCCGUCCGCUGGACACCUUCCGUGCCCUGUCGCACCCUUACUCGAGGCCGGAGCUGUUGUGCAGCUUCCGCCACCCGGGCCUCUACCAGACGCCAGCGGCCGCCGCGGGGCUCAACAGUGCGGCCUCCGCAGCAGCGGCUGCUGCGGCAGCAGCGGCUGCGGCCUCCUCGGCCGCGGCGGCCGGGGCGCCCCCCAGCGGCGGCUCCGCGCCCUGCUCGUGCCUCAGUUGCCACAGCAGUCAAUCCGCCGCCGCGGCCGCGGCAGCCGCCGCCGCGGCCCUGGGCUCCCGGGGCGGUGGCGGCGGCGGGGGUGGAGGCGGAGGCGGCGCAGGGGCCGCCGGGGGCUCGGACUUCGGCUGCAGCGCCGCGGCGCCUCGCUCCGAGAGCGGCUUCCUGCCCUACUCAGCGGCUGUGCUUAGCAAGACCGCCGUGAGCCCGCCGGACCAGAGGGACGAGGCGCCGCUCACCAGAUAA